UACCGACAUUACAUUCCACGAACGAACAGAUUUGCUGCUGGAACUCCGCCUACUUUGAUACGAAAUGUUACGAUUUGGACUGGAGCUUAUAAUGGAACUCAAGUCAUCUAUGGGGAUAUCUUUUGUUGGAGAGGGGAAUGAUUCUGAAAGUUGGAAGGAUCAAUUCAACUUUGCUACAAACCUACGGUAACGAACCAGUAGUUUUGGUUGCUCGGGGGUGGUGGGUGACGCCUGGGAUUAUGGACCUACAUUCACACAUGGGUGAUUCGCCGUCUCCCAACCUGAGCGGGUCAGACGAUGGUAAUUCCUUCAAAGGAAUUGCCCAACCGUGGUUGCGCUCCCUUGAUGGAUCUGCGAAUGCAAUAAUAAUCUACUUCAACAGGACCUGAUAUCGUUGAUUACUCAGGCGGUCAAGCAUAUGUUAUCAAACUUGGCAAAACAGCGAAACAUUCGACCGAUGAUUCUGGAACCACGGUAUCAAAUUCUUCGUCUAACUUCG